CGCUUUGCACCGCUUUGUGGAACGCUGUUUAAAAAAGGAUGCCAACGUGUCGCGCAGGUUUUAGCUGCGUCACUUUUUCCUUUUCUUUCUUCUAAUUGCAUAACAGAUUGACAACACCAUGGGUAUUCCCAAGUUUUUCAGAUGGAUGAGCGAGCGGUAUCCAAUGUGCUCGCAGCUGAUCAUGCAGAACAGGAUUCCAGAGUUUGACAAUUUGUAUCUCGACAUGAACGGCAUCGUACACAACUGCUCGCACAACAACAAUGCUAGCGCGCACUACCGCAUCUCAGAAGAAGAAAUUUGGAUCGGCAUCUUUAACUAUGUAGAUCACAUUUUUGCAAAGAUUAAACCCAAAAAGCUAUUCUUUUUGGCGAUUGAUGGCGUUGCACCAAGAGCAAAAAUGAACCAACAACGAUCCAGACGUUUCCGAACAGCACAAGAAGCAGAAGCAUCACGAGCAAAGGCAAUGGCUAGAGGCGAAGAGUUGCCAGAAGAGCCACCAUUCGACAGUAACUGUAUUACCCCUGGUACCGAGUUUAUGACCAAACUGACAGCAGAGCUUCGGUAUUUCAUAAGCAAAAAAGUUUCCGAGGAUGCCAACUGGCGUGGCGUCGAGGUUGUUUUGUCUGGACCUGAGGUUCCAGGUGAAGGCGAGCACAAGAUUAUGGAAUAUAUCCGUCUGGCAAAGGCUCAGCCAAAUUAUAACCCCAAUACGAGACACUGUUUAUACGGCCUGGACGCUGAUCUUAUCAUGCUUGGUCUGUUGAGUCACGACCCGCAUUUUGCAUUGUUACGAGAAGAGGUUACCUUUGGAAGACAGGCUGCAAAGAAAAAGGCAGCCCUCGAUAACCAAAAGUUCUAUCUGAUGCAUUUAUCACUACUGAGAGAAUACCUCGACCUCGAAUUUGUCUCCAUGAAAGACACACUGCCUUUCAAAUACGAUUUGGAACGGGUGUUGGAUGACUUUAUCCUGCUCGCGCUCUUUGUCGGCAACGAUUUCUUGCCGCAUCUGCCCAGUUUGCAUAUCCACGACGGUGCCCUUGGUCUCAUGUUUAACAUUUACAAAAAGACGCUCCCCAGUUUCGAUGGAUACCUUCAAGAUGGCGGCAAUGUCAAUAUGAAGCGAUUGCAAAACAUCUUGAAUCAGCUGAGUGACGUGGUGGAAUUGGAGAACUUUGAAGCAGAACGAGAGGAUAUGGUCUACUUGGCUGGAAAGCAGCAGGAUGGUGCCACAGAGCGCGAAUUACUCCACAAGAUGGAAAAGAAAAAGAAGGGCGAAUUGACUAUCACCGAAACUCAAAAAAAACUGUUCGGCCAGAUCAAAGAAUUCAUCAUGGAACACAGUCCAUCCAAGCCAGGACAGCUUCAUUUCCCAGCCAACCUCAAGGCUCGCGAUCGCCGAUUCAUUGAGACGAUAGCCAACGAUUUUAACUUGCAUUUUGCAGUCGAGUAUUCGAACGAAGACAAUUCCAAGCACGUGUAUAUUGAAUUCUUCGAGAACGAAGAAGGCGAGGAAGACACGUCCGAAGAAGACGAAGGUUUUGACGAGGAGGCCAUUGCAGCACGUGAUCGCGUACUUGCAAAAUACGAGAACGCACAGGUGAUCAAAGAUGAAUUGACAGAAGAAGAGUUGGGUCGAAUUGAGCAAGAAAAGUACGAUGCUGAUCACAAGGAAUGGAAGCGUCAAUACUAUCAAGAAAAAAUGGGUAUUGAUAUCAACAAUGAAGAGCAAAUGGACAAGAUUAAGCGCGAAUACAUCAACGGUAUCCAAUGGGUUUUGCAUUACUACUACAACGGCGUUGCUUCGUGGGGCUGGUUCUUCCCGUACCACUAUGCUCCCAAAAUGUCUGAUCUGGUUGAUCUUGAAAAGUACCAAGAUAACAAGUUUACUCUCGGCAAGCCAUUCCAGCCCUAUGAGCAGCUUAUGGGUGUGUUGCCCACGCUUAGCAGAAAGCUGUUGCCAGCUGCAUAUCAAGAAUUAAUGACGAGCACCACCUCACCGAUCCUUGACUUUUACCCAAGCCAAUUUGAGAUGGAUCUGAAUGGCAAGAGACAAGAGUGGGAGGCAGUGGUCAAGAUUCCGUUUAUUGACGAAAAGCGGUUGUUGGACGCAAUGGAAACCUACGAGCAUCGAUUAACAAAGGAGGAACGCAAGCGCUCCACAUUUGGAGAUGCAUACAAGUUUGUUUAUGACGAGUCGCUCGCUACCAAGAACGACAAUGACGACUUCACAUACCCAAGUCCUCUACCCGGCGUUUUCCCGGAUAUCCAUCAUUGCAUGUCGCGGGAGGUUGUCUUCCAUUUGCCUACUUUGGAUGGUGGUUUACAGUUCAACAAGCAUCUGUGCAACGGCGUCAAGUUAGGCAAGGAUGCUUUGGCUGGCUUCCCAUCGUUAGACACCAUACCACACAGUGGUGAACUUCGUUUCCACAAUGUCAAUGUGUUCCAGACCGAAAGCAAGAACGAAACAAUGGUUGUCAUUCUCAAGAACACCUAUGAAAAUGCAAAUAUCGAAGAUGUUGCGAAAUCUCUGUUGUACAAGCGCGUAUUUGUUCACUACCCAUAUCUUCAAGAGGCUGUUGUCAUUGGUGUAUCAAAUCUGCGUGCCAAGUACUACAUCAAAAUUGCCGGAAAAAAGAAGCAAAUUCGCGAACAUGUGUUGGAUGACGAGGAAAAAGAAGAUUGGCGCAAACGUAUUGGACGGGUCGAAUACAUGACGAGCAAGCGAUUCGGUCUCGACGUCGGCAAGUCUGAGAUUGGUCUACACGUGUGCACGCUGCGUGGCAUGAAAAUGACAGAAUCAGGAGCCUAUGUUAAGGAAUAUGUCAACCCUGCCCAAGAAGACUUAAUUCCGUUACAGUCGGUCGUGACCAAGGUGUCUAAUCCAGAUGCACGUUAUCAAGAGCGUCCUCCAUCGCCUAUCAAUGAAGAAUUCCCGUUACAGAGUAAAGCGUUCUUCUUGGGAGGCACUUUGUACGGCAGCUUGGGUACCGUCAUGGGCUAUGGCAAGAACGAUGUAGUCAACCUUCAGAUGAUUGUGCCAACCGAUUUUCGACAACGCAGAGAGCCAUCUUUUGGUCGUGACGUGGCCCGAAAGCAGAUUGAGACAGUCGAGUAUAUGCCAUCUUACGCGGUCAGCAGACAGCUGGGUAUUGAUGGACUGGUGCUGUCCAUAAUCACAUCUGCAGUGUCUGUACAAGACAAGGGCCUUCAGCGAAUCAAUGUCGGUUUGAGUCUCAGAUUUGAAAACAAGCAGCAAAAGGUGAUUGGUUACACUCGCAAGAACCAAAAUGGCCAAUGGGAAUAUUCUACCAAGGCAAUCGAGCUGGUAGAAGAAUACAUGCGCGAGUUCCCCAAGUUUGUUGCUAUGAUGAAUAUAAAGAAAGGAGGUGGAAUGUUGCAUGUAAACGAUUUGGUUUGGUCAGAAAGCGGCUCCAAAGAAGUUCAGAGGAUGCGACAAUGGCUUAAGAACAAGAAGGUGGACGAUUUACCCAGAGCGUCGCUACCCACUGAAGAACUGGAGGAACCAUUCGUCAAGCUGAUUGAAGAUCUAUCUACGCAAUACACUGAUGAGUACGACGACCUGCAGUUUAAGAAGGUUAUCAUCCAACACAUCCCGCGUAAAGUUUUGCUUAAGCCCGCCGACGCCGAAGUCAAACUUAACAGCCAAUCGUUCAAACUAGGCGAUCGUGUUGUCUACGCACUUGAAGCUGGAGCAGUUCCUCUUGGCUUCCGUGGCACAGUUGUUGGUGUGCAGGAGGAAGCAGUGAUUGAUGUUAUAUUUGAUGCUGCUUUUAUGGGAGGUACCAAUCUCGGUGGCAGAUGCGCGGAUUUCCGCGGCUUUAGUUUACCAUUCUGGAGUGUAAUCAACUUGUCGCAUACAUCAAACGCACAUCAGCCCUACGACGGUUCGGCAAACGAUCACCAUCCUACUAGCAACUACAACAGCAGCAGACAGCGGCAUCAUCACAACGACCAUCAUCAUGCACGGAAUAAUAACCAGCGCAAUAAUUACCGUAACAGCCAUCACAGCAACCCAAAACGAGUACCCUCGCCCUUGCCCUAAUAGAUGAUUCACUCUUUUCUUUGGCAACCCCUUUCUCUCUCUCUCUCUCUCUCUCUCUCUCUCUCUUCGUUUUGUUGAUAUGACAGUAGUCAGAUGUACCCAAAAAGGUUUUAUGGUCUCACUUGUUCCAAUAUCAAUAAUGAAAGCAAAAGAAAAAGCAA